ACCCCCCCUUGGCGGCUUUUUUACUUUAAUUAUUUUUUCCUGAGCGGAUGUGUAUGUGUGUGUGUAUGACAUGAACUCGCGGUUACAUUACCUAAAUAUGUAUAAAUAUGUAUCAAUCGUACAUGUAUAAAUCGAUAAGCGUGACGCUUUUUUUUCAUGUAUUUACGUGGUUGCGUGACUCACCGUCGUCUUGUUCCAAGCUUUUUAAUAUGUAAUAGGCUGGAGCUCCCACGAACAAGAAAACACAUAACGAAGCAUUCACACUUUGGACUAUUUUGACAUAUUACAAAAAUCCUGAUAGCAAAUCAAAAUCACCGCAUUUGGGGUAAAUUUACUCCAUUCCAAUGUAGUUUUUUGUAGUGUCUAUUUUGUGGCGGAAUCAUCAAAUCUAGCGGAAAAGUAUCUUAACACGAAAGCAUUCACAGUUAAGAGGAAAACAUAACUGAAUAUGUCGAGAGGUGUACUAGUCCUUAGAAGGGAACGUGAUGUAACCGCUUCAUAGCUAGGCCUUUCUCGAUUAGCAUUUUUUUUUUCAUCACUUUGAUCCAGAUCUGGCACUUAGAAGGAUAAAUAAUCCUAAAGAUUGUUUUCUGUCUGUCUAACUGUUUUUGAGUAUUCGUUGGGUUACUUGUGUGGAAAAGGUAUGAGUGGUCAGCAGGUAACUCUUUUUCUUGCUCAGCGAAGUGACGUCGGCUUCAAACUUGCAAGAUAGACAGGGGGAAGGCCAGAGGGGUCGAACGGAAAUUCUAGAGAAAUUUAUGAUAAUGUAAGAGUACGUUUUGUUUGAAAUAAAAGAAAGCAUUCUUUGUAAUUCAGGUGGCAUAUUUUUAAAGAAAUCAGGCAACUUAUUAGCAUUUGUUUGGCUUUAUGCGAGAAUUUCUAGCAUUUAUAGCAUUAAAUGCCAGUUUUACUAGUAUGAUAAAUCGAGAACGGUCUAUUUAUAGCACAAUUAUAGCAUAUCAUUAUUGUGAUUAUUGUAAAUUAUCAUAUAUUCUUCUAUUAUUCUGACAACAAAAAAGGUGUUCGCAAAGAACAUUUUAAUGUUAUUAUUAAAAUAACAAUGUCCCUAUUUGCUAUAUGCUUCCUUAUUUGCAAUUCAGUACUCGGAUAAUAGUACAGCGGGAUUGCACCCACUGUUUUGAAAGAAAAGGAGAAGCGUUAUGUUAUCUCGCCAGUAUCAGAAAUGCCUUUUCAACUGACUGUGUUUCUCUUCGCGUAUUUUCUGUUAUACCUAAGAACAGGGGCGUCUAAAAAAUGCGGGGAAACGGUCAGCUCAGACGCAGAGUCCAAUCUGCAGGGAUUUACUUUCAAAAGUUUGAUCUCAAACACAUUCUGGGACUGCUUUCAAGCCUGCCAAGAUGAGCCGAACUGCCUGAGUGUCAACUACCAUCUUCAUUCUCAGAUUUGUGAAUUCAACUACGAAACAAGACACAGGCAACCAUCUGCUUUUGUGAGAAAAGCUCUUUCGCUCUAUAUUGGCAGUAUGAAAGAAAGUAUUGGUGGCUGUGUUGCAUCCCAAGCCUUGGGACUAAAAGAUGGUCGCAUCAAAGACGUGCAACUCUCACAGUCAUCUGUUAGAGAUGACAACCCACAAUUCGGUGCGCAUCGUGCACGUCUGGGCCUCGCAUCCUGGCCUCCAGGUGCGUUGCUUAGCGACACUGACAUGGACGGUGGAUGGAUCAUGAUCGACCUGCUAAGGCCUAUGAUUUUCACGUCAUUCGCAAUGCAAGCGUACGGUCAUAACGGCGGUUCAAUGACCAUGACCUUCCAGAUUUCCACAUCAAACAAUAAUGCCACAUGGAGUUUUGUGGAAGAGGCACCAGGCGUCCCAAAGGUUUUUCCCGGUAACAGGGACAAUUUUGGGACCAUCACUACAACAUUCAGUCCCCCUGUGGUGGGCCGUUACUUCAGGAUUGUUGCUAAGUCGUGUUCCGUCUACUGUUCAUUCAGGCUGGAGCUCUACGGCUGCUCAAUAGGCCAAUAACCUGAUGACGAACCGUCUGCAGGCUGCUGUUGCUGCUGAUGAUGAUAAUAAUAAUGAUAUGAUAAUGAUCACAAUAAUAAUUCUAAUGCUAAUAAUAAUAAUAAUGAUAAUUAUAAUUCUGAUAUAAUUAUACAUAUCAAGAAAAUUUAGCCACAAAUUGUCGUUUCUCCCAGACGCUGCUGCUGCUGCUGCUACUACUACUACUACUAAUGAUAAUGAUAAUGAUAAUGAUAAUGAUAAUGAUAAUGAUAAUGAU